AUGCCGUCCCUCUUCUCUCCUCUCGCACUCCGCACGCUGCGGACACUUAUCCAGCGCCCCUCCACGACCACGCUCAAGCCUACAGCGGUCCCCAGAUUCCAACCCAUCCUCCGCACUCCCGCCGCAGCGCAAGCAGUCGCCGCCGCAAAGCCCUCCCUAGUCCGCCAAUUCUCCUCAUCGCCCUUCCGCCAGACUACAUACAACCAAGUCCGCCGUGGAUGCCGAAAAGCGCAGGCCGCGCGCCGUUCCCGGUCCCCGGCGCUCAUUAACCGCGCCCAGAUGAAGGGCGUGUGCAUGAAGACGGGUAUCACGAAGCCAAAGAAGCCUAACUCUGGUGAGCGAAAGACUGCUAGGGUUAGGCUGAGCAGUGGGAAGGUUGUUACGUGCUAUAUCCCUGGUGAAGGUCACAAUGUCCAGCAGCACAGUGUCGUUCUUGUCCGCGGUGGCAGAGCUCCCGAUUGCCCUGGUGUGAAAUAUCAUUUGGUCAGAGGAGCUAUGGAUUUGGUAAGCUUCGAGAACCCUCAACUUUUAUUGCAUCGAUCUGGCUCUAACGGAGGUCUUGUGCAGGGUGGUGUUGCCAGUCGGGUGACUAGCAGGUCGAAGUACGGUACCAAGAAGCCCAAGAAGGAAUAA